CCCAACACUGGCCACUUAAUUUAUUUUGCUUUGUCCGCUCAAAAGGAAACUUGCUGCAAGGACUUCACUCCAAAGUUGACUUUACUAUGAGCCAGCACGAUGCUCAACUACAUUAGAGAUGCAAUCAUGGCUCCGACGACACGCAGCAGUCCCAAGAACAACAACAGCAGCAGCAGCCAGAAACUAGGAGUGGCUGUCAAGGAUGUGAACUCAUCCGAAUCCAGGCAAACAGCAGGUGCUCCAAUGCGCGGCUACAAGGUUACUGAUAACGAGCGGACCAGAAAAUACGGCAUUGGAGCCAAUUCUCUGGAAAUGCUAAUAACCAAGGCCAACAGCAAGUUUCCGCUGCUCGAAUUGCAUUUGUAUUUGGCGUCCGAUGGCUUUGAAGUGUCCGAUGACGAGUACUUGGAUAGCCUGCCCGCCCAAACUCUUUUCAUUGCGGCUGGACCGGAUGCUGUUAUCACAACAGAUGCGGACUUUGAAUUUGAGAAAAUGAGGCAGCAAUCGCCACUGCUGAAGGUGGCCGAUAUAUUCUACGAUUUUAUCGAACAGCAUCCGGAGAAGUUCCGCCGCAUGAUCACGGAGUAUGAGCACCAGAAGCACCGCCGCGUCCUCGACAACACCAAGGCCCACCUCAGCCUAAAGGCCGAGCACGUGGAGUGGUUCGAGGGCGGAGAGGAACGCUUUCACUCGAAGGAGGAGGCCAUGGCCAUGCGGGCUCAGACACGGGUGCGCGGCUACUACUAUAAGGCCAAAGAGGAGCUGACCCGCAAUCCCCUGUACCGUCAAAAUGCCAAGGCACGGCAGGUGAUUAACUCGGUGCUGGAGCAGUUUCGAUACCUGCUCAUCGGCUGCGACUAUUUCUCCAUGAUGUUUGACAGGAAGUGCCAGCAAAAGCACAAGUUCCUGCAGCAGCAGCUGGGCGAGGAGGAAACGGACGCCGGCAGUCUGCCCAGCAAGAGACUGAGGCAGGUGAUCAAGGAGUACACCAAGGAGAACUGCAUACUCGACGAGUGGUCAGUGUCGUUGUGCUCGGAUCUGGGUGAUUUCUAUUGCCAGGGCGCCUUCUCCGAGAAUGGCAACUGUUGCUCCAUGCAGCAUACCAUCAAUCCGUAUGCCUCGCGGGAGAAUCUCAUUUUGUUCCAGGUCUGGAACCUGGACCACCAAAUUGAACUAUGCCGCACGAUUCUGCCCGCCAUGUUGGUCAAUGUGGAGGACCUUGUUAGCAAUCCGCAGCGCAAGUGCUCACUUCACAAGAAGCAAGUGGUCGACAUCUCUGUGCUGGAGUAUUUCUUGGAAAUAUUCUCGUUGAAGAACCUCAAACUUGUUCACAUCGUUUGCCACGAGAAGGUUCAGCGCUCAAAUCGUUCCAAUGGUCGUUUGCUAUGUCCAGACUGUCAUGAGUAUCGGAUUGUGCAAGAACUUAUGGAAGUACAGGCUGACAGUCCAACUACUUAAAUGGUAUGUCAUACACAUUUAGCAAACAGUUACCUAGCCAAGCAAUAUUGUAAACAAUAACUAUACAAACAUACAUUUGACUUUAGUUGCCCUUGUUUUCCAAAUACUAUCUCUAUUAGUUUUGGAGCCUUUUAUAUUUCUGAUCUCAAAUGAGAUUUGUUGUACAAAUGAAAAUUAUCUCAAAGUUAACUACCGAAUCGUACUGUUAAAAGUAUUUACAUAUAAAAUACGUAAACUAUUAACAUACUUAUAGGUAUGUAUUUAAUGUUAAAAAUGCUUGUCAGACUAUUAGAAUUAUGUGGCUAUGCAAUAUAACGAUAUAACCUAGAUGUAAAUGUUUGUUGACUGUAACGCUUGUAGCUGAGAUUCCAAAUGUUUUGUUGGCGUUACAUCAAUCAGCAAGUCCGAACAAUGAACUAUUGAUAUAUACAUA